AUGGAAUCACCCAGUAUUUAUGGUCAUAUUCCUGAUAAGGACCGUCAGGAAGAUGGCCUGGGUGCUGAUCUUGAUUAUCCAUUUUGGGAGAGUUACUUAUAUGACAAAACAUUCUUUAAGGAUAAAAAUCAGGACAAAAAGUUCAGAUAUUACGACCUGAGUAAUUUUCUGAAGUUUUUUUUCUUCGAUUGGGUUUAUAGAUGGUCUAAGUGCGCAUCGACUAGAUUUAUAGAAUCAUACAAGUUACACCCUUUGCCAGUUUCUGACCAGAUACUUCGCUGGCAGCCAGUAUUUUCGAAACAUGUGAGUGACGGGUUAGUUAGACUGGAGUUGUUUAAAACACCGAAGUCCCAUACCGGAAAUUUGGGCAAAACCUCGGCAUACAGGUUCGUCCUGUUGCGAGCUAUAUUCCUCACUUUUUGGAAAAGGACUUUGAUUGGACUCAUGGGCAUAAUAAUUACGAAUAUUAUGAGCAUGAGUAUAGCAAUUCUGGUCAAAAAACUGCUUGGAAUUCUAAACGACCAAACUACAAGCCUCGCUAAGACGAUCUUACUAUUGUUUGCCAUUAUAUUGUUCAACCUCGUCGAUGGACUGGUGGUGGAUAAUAUAACGUUUUACUUAUACAGACUGAUAUACAUCAUUCAAUGUUGUGCCUCAAUAACUAUGUUUCAGCACGGGCUGUGCCACAGGCGCAACUUUUCAAACGACGUGAACGGUUCAAACUAUCUUGGGGUUUGCAAUCAGGUCCUACACACUUGUUCUCCUGAUUCGAAGUGCUCCCAGAAUCCUUUGUUCUGUCAGGCUCUGCGAUACCAAAACAAGGAACUAAACGCUAGAAUUGUCACCUUCCAGUUCAGCGACUGCUACUACAUUUCCAUGUGUUUGGAGUCCUUAAUCUACAUUGUCAACUUCCUGACCAGCUUCAUUCACGGCAUAAUUUUAAUGUCGUUGCAAUUUAAGAUUAAACUGUGGAUUUUGUAUUUCAUCGGAGUUCCCUUUGUUGUCGUAAUGGUGUUUGUGGAGGCUUUGAACUCUUACUUCCUGAGCGUGGCGUACGUUGUUAAGGAUUUUAGAAUCAGCAAGAGUAUUGAAAUAGUCUCGUCGCUGCCCAUUAUCAUUAAAAUGGCUUUUGAUCGUAUUGCGAUGAAUAUUAUCACCGAAUGCAGAAAUAGUGAGCUUUUGUUCUUUUUAAUAAGAUAUUUUUUAACAUUUUUAAACACAUCACUUUUCGUCGUUUUCACAAACAUAUCAUUUUACAUUUUAAAGAAAUGUUUCGUAAAGGCUGUAAAUGAAGCCACCGUUAUCACACAAAUCGACACUGCAGGAUUCAUGUCAACAUUCUAUAUAUUACUGCAAAUCAUCGAGUCGAUGUUUCUAGUUCCAAACUCAUUCAGGGUAAUUUCAAGUUCAUAUGUAGCGUACCGAAGGGUGGGCAAGUAUUUAAAAAGGUGCUCCCCUAACUUUUACAUUAGUGACAAUAAGUACACUGGUUCAGUGAAAGCCUCUUCAAACGUAGUUCAGGUGACCGAUGAAGUUCCGAAUGACGCUGUUGUAUAUUAUAAGGACGCCUCGUUUGCAUGGGUUUGUUCGAGCAAGGACUUGUUGGAUUACAACUACGAGCCUUCGCUCAACAAUGUUAAUUUUCAACUGAAACGCGGCGAGAUUGCCAUAAUUACUGGUGCUCAGGGUUCUGGUAAAUCUAACUUCAUAAAGUCAAUGCUUGGUGAGAUGACUCUGGUUGGUGGGUCAAUGGCUGUUGUUCCAUUGCACACAUCAAUGCCCAUAUUUUAUGCUUCACAGGAUAUAUGGUUACAUCAGGGCACCAUCAGAUCAAACAUCACAUUUGGCUAUCGCUUCGACGAACAGAUAUACAACACGGUGUUGAAGGCAGUUGAACUUCAGUCUGAUAUAUCCACUUGGGAGAAGGGUGACCUCCGUGUCGUAUCUGACAACGCCCACACUCUGAGUGGUGGUCAGCGUGUGAGAAUGGAAAUGGCUCGUGCCAUAUAUGCCUAUCUCAUAUUCCACCAGGUUAACUCUGACUACAACAACGGCAAGUGCUCAUUCUUGAUGUGCCUCGACUCACCCUUCCACGGUCUCGAUCCUUUCGUCUCGAAAACUGUGUUCAACAAUUUGUUUAACAUCAAGACUGGAGUACUCAUCAAGGACGAUCUUUCUGUGGUCUUAUCUUCUACUAGACGUUACCUCCACACUUGUCUCGAACCAUCAGGUUUAAAAGGGGCUCCCAAUUUUCCAAUAUAUCGAAUAAAGAACGAGUCUUUGAAAUUCUUUUGUUAUUUGCACGAUUUCAUUAAUAACAAGGUUCACACCCCCGAAGACUUCAAGUACUUGUCGACGAACACUGGUCCUUAUCAAUUGAACCUUUUAACUCGUGACAUGUUGAAUUUGUGUUCAUCUGGUUCUACUACUAGGCUUGGUCGCAGGGAGGUCACUAGAACUAAGUACGACAAAUCGUUCAAGUCGUUUGUUAGGGAUGAGUUAUCUGGUGUCAAGUUCAAUCCGUACUUCGUUUACAUGAAACCCGCUUUAGCGUUGUUCACGCUCUUUAUCGCUCUCACGUUCAUUUUUACUAUUAUGGAUAAUCUAAAAUUUGUGCUGUCGUCUAACUUAUCUGAUUUUAUCACUAAUAAAAUCGGUGAAUUCAACAGUGGUUCUUUUGUUGACUUUGAAAAGGUUAAAUCUCGGUGCAAUACUUCAUUGUUCAUUAUUCUGAUUAUCACCACGAUAAUCGUUGUUUUAGCAGUAAUAUCCACAAUUCUGUUCUCAAUAUCCUGUAUAGUAUCAUCUCGUAAAAUUCACGAGUAUUGCAUCAAUUCAAUAUUCAAAAACAGUUCAUCUGUGAUUAAAAUAAAGAAACAAGUCAGUCAAAUUAUCACGUAUCUGUCUUGCGAUAUUGACUUUUUAGAUGAUGAUCUUCCCUACGAUUUCUACUUGUCGCUCGUCUCGUUUAUUCAGAUGUUGAUUGACAUUGUUACUCUAUUUUAUUUCAUACCGUUUUCCAUUGUUUUCACUACGCUGGCGAUACUUCUUUUUCACUACACUGUUUUCACAUAUUACUUGGGUUCUUACAAGCACAUCCAAUUAGCGUAUCUGGAAUGUAUUUCACACAUUAACACCAUCUUUGAGAACGCCAUACACGGUUCUUCCAUUUGCAGAGGUUAUAAAAAAGAGUCUCAACAAGUUGAUAUCAUCAUGGAAUCCAACGAGUACUUUAACAGACAUUACUUCCUCUUAUAUGCGAUAGCAACCUGGGGGUCCAUGCUUUUUAACUGGAUAUUUUCCUGUAAUGCUUUGUUGAUACUAGUGAUUCCCAUAUUUUUCAAUAAGUAUGCUAAGUACAGGUUGAAAACAGGUGAUUACGGGCUUUCCUUAUCCUUAUUGGUCGACGUUAUGAAGACCUAUACCACUUUUUCUCUCAGAUUUGCAAGAAUGGCCGCCUUUAUCACCUCUAUUCAAAGGUUCCGAUACUUUAUUCCUCCGGGUGAGAAAGUUAAGUUUGGUAAAUUUUUCAAUGCCCAUGAAGAAUUUGUAGCUAAACCUUCCGGUGGUGAUCAGAACGUCUUAAAUGAGAGCCAGUUGUUAAAAAGAAGGAUUUUUGAGUUCAAAUGCGACGACAAGAAGUUCAAAUAUUUCAGAAAGUUAUUAUUCAAUCCCAAGAUCAAUAUCAUGAAUAUAAAUAAUUAUCUGCCUCCUGAACACUCUGGAAUUGAACUAAAGAACGUGUGUGUGUAUACUGAAGCGGAUCAUAACUCGGAGGGUAUGAUAUUGAAAAACAUUACGGCGUCUGCUAAUCGAUCAGAAAUUAUUGGUAUGGUUGGUAGAACAGGAUCGGGUAAAACCACUUUAUUGUCAGUCAUACAGAAUAUAGUCGAAAAUAGAACAGGUCAGGUGCUAUUAGAUGGGAAGGAAAUCAAUGAGGUUCCCAAAGAAGUGUUAGCUCAGGUUGUCGGUGUCCUUCCACAACUUCCCUUUGUGUUCAAAGGGUGGACCAUCCGUAGGUUUCUGGACCCUAGAAAGUUGUUUAGUGAUGACGAGAUUAUCCAGGCUCUAGAUUUGUGUGGCCUUCUCGAUUUCGUCAACGACCUACAGGGCGGGAAGAAGCUAGAUACCAUAAUAUCAGCUGAAGACAUUUCGAUGUCAAAAAAAAAUGUUGAUGUCGGAAAAAAUCACUACCCAUCAGAAUCCAUGAAGUCUGAUCGAUCACUUACAAUGGAGUGCCUGAAAAAUUACUACAUCAACACCGACAUUACUCUAUCAAACACUCAGCUGAGGACGCUCGCGUUCACUCGACUAGUGUUGUACAGGCAGUUUUACAGAAUAAUUCUUGUUGAUGAACCUCCCGCUAAUAAUAUCAGUGACAGACCCAAUAUUCAGGAUGUCGAUAUCGGCAUCCCGAUAUACGAGUUGCUGCAGAAGCAUUUCAGCCACUGUACCACCUUUGUUGCUGCACAUGACGACAAUGCCUUGAGUAUGUGUACAUUAGUUUGGGUAAUACAUAAAGGUUCUAUUAUGAUGAAAUAUGGAAUAGAAGACAUAAAAUUGAAUAGUUAUAUUUCCACUGUAAUUGAACACUUAGAUAGCCUUUAA